UACAGCAAGUGCGCUGCAUCCCGACCAGGUGUGAUCCAUCCGUCUGCAAACAUCAACACUCAGGAAACAUACAUCAUACCCUCCGUUUCAUCACAUCGUGCGUAAAGUUUGAUCGUGUAAUUACUUUCAGCACAAAUCAAAUAAGUUUUAUAUCAACUUAUGUAAGAUCAAUAACUGAAUAAUUGAUCACCGAGGUGAAUACAGGAAGCUGAUUGGUCUCUCUCCCUCGGUGUGUCGCUCUCCUUUUAAAGCUCCAAGUAAAGUUGAGCCCUCGUGAGCUCAGAGGCAGUCAGCUGUGAUCAGACCCCACAUCUGGACACUGAGUGGAUUACAAUAAGAAACCUGCGCGAACCUGCAGCCUCGAAGGGGAUGAGGAGUCUGUUUUAAAGAGACAGAAAAGUCGAGAAAUAAAACACUGCGAGAAUCGCCUCCAUCCUCCUGAUCUGUGUCUUCGUUUCAGGGCAGAUCCAUCCUCACUGAGUGAACAUGCAGCAGCCCGAAACCCCGCAGAUAAGUCAGCAAACUGCGCCUGAACCUCUGGAUCCAGCAGCUCAGUACCUGCGUCGGAGGAGAACUGCUCUGUGGGUGACCGUCUCUCUGCUCACUCUGGGUCUGCUGGUGCUGACCAUAGGUCUGAUCUCGGCCACUCGCACAGACAACGUGCCAGUCGUUGGACUAUACCCGGGCAUCAUAUUGAGUUUUGGAGCAUUUCUGGGUAUUGUUGGCAUCCACCUGGUGGAAAACCGCAGACCUAUGCUGGUGUCCUCAAUAAUCUUCAUCAGUGUCGGAGUCAUCGUUGCCUGCUUCUGUGCCAUCGUGGAUGGGAUAAUUGCUUCAGACUUUAUUGACAUUACGCCUGUGCAGGAGGGCACGUGUGACUUUCACCCCAGUGGAUCUGGCUACGCCUACGACAGCUACUACACUGAGGUGACGUGCCACUCUUUUGAGAAGUCAUGCAAGCUGAAAGUGAGGAGCAACACCUGCUACUGUUGCUGCCUGUAUAACUGCGAGAGCCUGUACUCCUCACACUACUACGAGUUCACCGGGGUCAGCAGCUGCUGGGAUGUGGUCCAGCUGUACCGCCUGAUGUGGACCUCGGUGGUGCUCAACGUGAUCGGCUUGUUCCUGGGCAUCAUCACCGCCGCCAUCCUCGGAGCGUACAAGGAUAUCGUGCAGAAGCCCGCUCCUCAGAUCGCUCCCAGCCCGACGCCAGCACCUCACAUCCUGUACAACCCGACCCAGCACAUGCUCACCUACCCCAACUUCUGUCCGUCGGGGCAGGUUCUGCCCGCCUACCCCAACUACCCAGUAUCCAUGCAGCAUAACACCAACCACCAGGCACCUGCUACUCCCCAGAUGCUCCCUCCUGGGGGAGAACCGUCUGAGGAGAACCAGAGCCAGCUGCUCUCCCAGGUCCCUCCCCAGCCACAGCCUCAGGGAGCCACCCAGGACCCAGGAGGCUACAUGCUGACCCCCAACGCUCCGGUCCUCUAUGCAUCCUCCUACAGCGCCUUUGAGAAACCUCCACCUUACGCCUGCUGAGACUUUAGACAAAUAUGGAGAGCGUGCUGCGAACACCUUCACCUGGUCAGACUGAAAGUAGCACAAAACCUUUCAGAGACAGAGAUUUCAAUGAUUUAAAUGCUGCGUUUCACGUGUGUCUAAUGGGUUUCAAGUGAAGUCAGACAGAGAUUUAUGGUUAUGUAGUGUUUAAUAUGUAGACAUGAGUCCUUUUAAUAUGUAGCCAUCAAAGGAAACUUGCUUAUUCACUUAGUACCACACAGCUCUGAAGCUCUGCACGGCAGCAAAAAGACCAGAAAUGAGGGGAAAGUACCAGCACCUCUGAAUCUGCUCGAUUAUUAACAAAAGUUUUCUUUUAAAAAAGACAAAAAUUGUGAGGUGAAAGUGAAUAAGCAAAAUUUCUCAAGAUGUCAAAGAUUCUUUUAAACCUAAGGCUGGCCUUUGGAUGGCUUCACACACAGUUUAAAUACUGACUGUGGUCUGGUUUCUAAGUUGCAGGUCGUUCUGUGUAUCGUCUCAUUAUACUGUACAGUUCAAAGGGCUUUCCUGAGAGUAAAUUAUGUUCAUGUAGCUGUUAUUUAAUUAUGUUUGUGUGACUCAUUUAAUGUGCACUUUACAGUCGAUAUGACCUCUGAGUUAGUGAUCGAUGCAUGGGACUGUGCUGGACCUGUAAGAAAUGCAUAGUAAGGGCUUUAUAUUAAAAAAACCUCACCUUUGAAGGAGUUCAACACUGACAAAAAUAAGUUUAUUUGCUGUAAUAUCCGAGGCAGAGAGUCUGAAAACGGGUCUUCAAAGACUUUGUGUAACGUCUGUCCUCCACUUUUCAAACAAAUCUAGGCAAACGGUUUUCCUUGUUUCGGCCUUCACUCGUUGGAAAAGCAAAUAAAUUUAUUUUUCCAAAACGUUGAGCUUUUUUUUCAGUGCUUCUGUUAGGUUUUUUUCACCUCAAAGGCAGACCGUGUAACUUCAUAGUCUCAUAAUCUUGUUACAUUCAUAAGCAAUAAAGCACACCUCUGCAUAACCCAGUGCGCUGAGCUGUAGUUCUGCUUUUUUCUGUGAUAUAUUUGCUUGUGGCAACUGCUGUUAUUAAACUGUUGAGUGAACCUACUGUGGUCAUUCUCAGCUCCACACACUUUAGAUAGUUUAGCCAUAAUAACCCAUGUUUUUAAUAUUCGAGGCCCAAAUAUAAAUUUUUGAGUUGUUUUUGCAAAAAUAAAUAAUUCUGAAUGGAGCCACAAACUAUAUUGGAACUCUCUAAUAAAGGUGACACAGCCUGUUAGGCAUCAGUGUUUCUUCCAGGUGUAAAAAACUAAAAGAUUUUAACACAAGUGACUAUUUUACAGUGGGCUGCAGUUAUAUUUUCAAUGCAAAACUAUAUUUUUUGUUGUAUUUAUGACAUUAUAUUAAAAAAACAAACAAACAAACAAACAAAAAAACCCCCACCAAACCCCAAACUUAUUUUUCUUACUAACAGGAGAAUUGAAAGAGAUUAUCAUCUUUAAGAUUACUUUGAAGUAGACUAGCUACAGGUGAAUGUUCAUGUGAUAAAGCAGGUUGUCUUCCAAUCAGGAGAUCAUGGAUUGAUCCCAGGCUACUCCAGUCUGCAUGCCGAAGUAUCCAUGGAUAAGAUACUAAACCCCAAUUAUGAAUGUUGGAAAGCACUGAGACAAAAGUGUCCCUUUAUUUGUAUGUUUUUUUCUUCUUCUUGCUUGCUUUAGUGGUCACCACACUGUGACCUUCCUCUUUUCCUCAUGCCUGGUAGCUCCCUUGUCGAUUAUAACCACUCUCCCGUGUCUUCUCAUUUCUACUCCUGUCCCUCCUGGUCAUUUCAAUGAAAACCUUUACAUCUUCAACUCUGUUACCUCCACCUCCUCUUUUUUUCAGUGUCACUGUCUCUAAACCAGACAUCAUAGCAGGCCUCACAUAAUUCACUGAUCAUAAAGUCCACUGCCCUCUACACAUCUUCAUUACCUCCACAGGUAUGUCAUCUGGACCAUCUUCCACUCUUCAUAGGUGCCCUCCCUUCGUCCUCACUAAUCAUCUGCACUUUCACCAACUUCCUUCCAUCCAUCCUCUCUUUUCUUCAUUCAUGAGCUCCUUUAAAGUACUACUUCCACUGCGUUCACUUGUUAGUACAUUAUAUAUAAGCACCAAUCCAUUUACCAUAGUGCAAAUGGUCUCUGGGAGAAAAUUAAUUACAUUAAAAGCAGCCUACUUUGACAAUAACUGAAACAUACAGCAGUCUAACAACUUUAAAAAUAGUCCAACGGCAAAGCCACCAUAGAUGUAGGGCAAAACAAUCACAUGUGGCUCUAGAAUCACAGGUUUGAGACCCCUGAUGCAGCCCCUCAGGUUAUCCUCUGUCUAAAAGAAUGUUUUAGCUCUUCUCUUUUCAAGGUCACCCUGCCUCUAAGGCAGAGGUUCCGUAUUAAAGCAUAAUUUUGAGCUCCAUCACAGCUUAAGCUAUGCCGCAACAGUCGAGAGCAUUGGAAACAGAAGCACAAGGUGUACAGAUGUGUUUUUGUUUUUCAAAACACAACUUUACUCAGUGACGUUCAUACAGCUGCUUUUAUUUUAUUUAUUUUUUUAAAUAGGAUUUUCACUGCUGAGGGAAGUUAAAACUCAAAAAAGGCAGACUUCUCUCAGCAUCAUACACAUACUGGCAGUUAAGGUGAAAAAUAAAAACUAGAAGUUCAAGAUACAUCACAUAUGAUUAAAAAAUAAAAUAAGACAUUAACAAGUCAAGCUCUAUAUUCUGGCAUUCAUCCAUCAGAAAACUAGAAAAUGAUACCUUACACAGGGAUGUAAAAUAACACUGGAGCCCUUUAGGCAUUCGCUCCUCUGACAUUCUUUGUUGUUACUGUGUUUUGAUUCGCUGAGCACCUAUAAAAUCAAAUUAAAAACUGAGUCUCUAAAGCUUGAUGCUACUUUGAUCCCUGGGUAUUGCUCUCACAGUCUCCCAGUUCCACCAUGAUUUGUCGCUGAAACCUUUUUUUUUUUUUUAAAGAAGCAGAUGAAGUUGAGAGACUCUGAUCUAUCUUUGAACUUUGGACCAUAAAUGUGCCUCAAGGGGGGAUUUUAAGGUAGUGUUUGCUCUGUCUUCUAUAAAGCAUUGUACAGUCACAUUAUUUACAUAUUCAGUAUAUUACAGCGCCCUCUUUUCCUUUCUCAGUAGCUUGUGUGGUGCGAUCAAUGCAGUGCUCUCUCUCCCUUGUGGAGAAGGCCCCUUCCUGUCUCCCUGUGCUUCUGUGUCUAUUCUACUGUCCUCAGGUUGGUAUAUGGCAGACUUUAACUGUAACUGGGUGUUUUUUUGGGAAAGAAGGGACCUUUUUGUGAUGAACAUGAGUGUGAGUCUGUUCUUUAAAAGACAAAAUCCUCAGGGGCACACACUGCAAAGCGUCAGUUAGUUUGCUGGGUUGCAGUGCUGCACCUUUGGGAAUUGAUUCACCUGUUUAGAGGGAAGCUGUCGACAAGUGUGGGUUGGUUUAUUCUUUUGUAGGCACACGGUUGAUUUUCGAAGUUGCAGGCAGAUAUGGAGUGCUCCUCCAAUCGAGAGCGGGGGGGGGGGGAUCAAGGAGGCAGUCCAUUUAUACCUGCAACGAUGUGCAACAGUUUCUACAGAACGCAAA